AUGGAAUCUUAUCAUCACCAUCGACACAUGGAGCAGAGUAACCUGCAAGGUCAAACUCAGAGUUCUCAGUGGGGCUAUGGGUCAUGGGGUCCACCGGCCCCUGCGCCGGCGCCACCUCCUCCGACCUCACGCAGUAAACGGGCACACUCUGAAAGCGAAGACGAUGCUUUCUCCGAAGAAAGCAGUAAGGAUGCGCAGUCACCCGGGGGGGACUCUUGUCAAUUAAUGACAAGAAAAAGGCGACGCGGCGUGAUAGAGAAGAAACGCAGAGAUCGGAUCAACACAUCUCUUACCGAGCUGAAGAGGCUAGUGCCUGCCGCGUGCGAGAAGCAGGGCAGCGCCAAGCUAGAGAAGGCGGAGAUUUUACAGCUGACCGUGGACCAUCUCAAGAUGUUGCACGCUAAAGGUCUGGACACAUUUGCCUACGACCCUCAGCGAUACGCGAUGGACUACCACAGCAUCGGCUUUCGAGAAUGUGCAGCCGAGGUCGCGAGAUACCUCGUUAGUUGUGAAGGUCUCGACAUCCAGGACCCUCUGCGUCUUCGUCUCAUGAGCCACCUCCAAUGCUUUGCCGCGCAACGUGAGCUGGCAGCCAAGUCCACGAACUGGGGCUACCCUCAAUACCCCACACCCGUGGCUCCUCAACCCCAGCAUCCGACCGGUUACACGGAGCUGGGACACAGACAAGACUUACCUAUAACAACUGCUUCGACCACCGUGACCGCUCCGGCGAUUGCUGCACCUUUGUCCGCAGCUCCAAGUUAUCCACACUACCCUCCCGGACCUCCAGCACCACCGGCUCCACCCGGCCCUCAUCCGGCGCCGCCAGCCCCGCAUUACCCUACUCCGUACCCUCAUCCGCCACCCCACCACCAGUAUUCACAAAACAGCUCCAAGCCCUACAGACCGUGGGGCGCGGAGUUAGCUUAUUAA